UUCCAGAUUUCUCCUGAUGACAGUGAUACUGUUUUUAUGUUAAAGAAAUUAAGUCGUGCAAAAACAAAAACCGAAUUUAUUGAUACAUUUGGAAAAUUACACGGACCAUGGGCAUUUAUUUAUUGGCAGGAAAAUGAGAAAACUUUAUGGUUUGGACGUGACAUUUUUGGACGUAGAAGUUUACUUUGGGGUUGGAAAACGGAAAUGAAAUUACCUUUUUCCAUAAGUUCAGUGGCUGUUUUAAAUAAUUGCAUUAAUCAUUGGGAAGAGAUUCCAGCAACAGGAAUAUAUUCCAUUAAUUUCAUGGAAAAUGAAUUUAAGAUUUCUCUUCAUCUAUGGAACAAAAUGCCAUCUGGACUUAUUAAAUCAGUAAGCAGUAAUCAAUUAGAAUCUAUAUUAAAUAUAAGUGUGGAAUCAGAAAGCAUUCAGUCACCAAUUAAUGAAAUAUUAAAUAAAACCUCACCUUCAGAAGAAAACUUGAAAUGUUUCUCUGAAAUUCACAAUGAUGACAAUAAAAGGAGAGAUCUUAUAAAUGAAAAAAAUAAUACUAAAGAUAUUUUAUGUGUUUUGUGUAAUAAUCUACAUUGGAAAAAUAUAAUAAAUGAUUUUCUAGAAGUUUUGAGUAAAGCAGUAGAACAAAGAGUAAAAAAUCAUCCUUUCAUAUGCAGUGAUUGCUUAAAAAACUCAACAAGAAAUCAAAAUUGUGAACAUGCAUCUGUGGCAGUAUUGUUUUCUGGUGGUUUAGAUUCAACAGUACUUGCUGUUAUUGCUAAUAGAUACAUUCCAGAAAAUGUACCAAUUGAUUUAGUGAAUGUUGCCUUUGAACAUGAAAGAAAAGCUAAUAAUAGAUCCAAAAAGAAUCAUAAAAAUGAUUCUCAGCGUAGUGUAAACACUAAUUUAUACAGUUUUAAUACACCUGAUCGAAUUAGUGGAAUAACUGCUUGGAAUGAAUUGAAAGUGUUAUAUCCGCAAAGAAAAUGGAAUUUUGUUGAGAUUAAUGUAACAAAAGAUGAAUUGAAAAAUGAAAGAGAAAGAUAUAUUCGACACUUGAUCUAUCCUUUAUCGACUGUUAUUGAUGAUAGUAUAGGUUGUGCUUGUUGGUUUGCAGCUAGAGGAAGAGGAUUUUUAAAAUUAAGUGAAACUUCUAGUAUCGUUUAUACAAGUCCUGCAAGAAUAAUUUUAGUUGGAAUGGGAGCUGAUGAACAGUUAGCUGGAUAUUCCAGACAUAGGAAUAAAUUCAAAUUGAAUUUAUGCAUAGACUUUCAUUAUAAUCUAAAAAAAUCUGAAUUAGAAAGUUUCAUUUUAAAAAAAUCUAAUUUAUUUCUUAAUAGAGUCAUUGCAGAUCAUGGAAAAGAAUCCAGAAUUCCAUUUUUAGAUGAAAACGUUGUAUCAUUUUUGAAUAAUUUACCAAUUUGGUUCAAGGCAAAUUUAUUAUUACCCAGAGGAAUAGGUGAGAAGUUAUUAUUGAGAUUAUUAGCUGAAUAUUUAGGAUUAAAUAGUGUAAAACAUUUACCAAAAAGAGCUAUACAGUUUGGAUCAAGAAUUGCUCAUUCAGAGGACAAUAAAGAAAAAGGAUCUGAUAUUUGCCAUCGGAUAAAAUAAUUUAGAUUGUAAAUAAAAUUAUAUUUAUAAAAAAAGACUAUUAUAUAUGAAUUUUUUAUGAAUAAACAU